AUGGCUCCCAACGUCGGCCUUGGAACUCAAGGCUCAGUUGAGCGUGGAUGGGGCCUCUGGCUCACCAGCGUCUUAGCCGUCAUCGUCGCGGGUCUCUUUGUCGCCGGACGCCUUGCACAGCGAUUGACCAAGCGAAGUGGUCUGGGAAUGGACGACUACAUGAUCGUCGCUGCCUUGAUAUCAUCGGUCGUGCUCUCUGUAACAGAGUGUCAAGCGGUAGUCUAUGGAUACGGAAGACCAUGGAAAUCCUUACCCGCCGAUUCCCGCAUCAUCGCUCGCCAAUGGUUCUACGGAGCAAACAGUAAGUAG